AUGGUUCUUUUGGACAUCGCUGAACAGCGUGCUGUCAAUCGAGGACUACAGGCCUAUGACUAUCCCAACAAUGUCCAAGAGCUCUUCUCGAUGAUUGAGAAUGCCUGGUGUCACUACACUGACGGAGGUACCUUAACGGCUGAUAUGGUGCUGGGCCGCUUUUGGUGCGCGGUGUGCCCCUUCAUGAUUUUUGGCGAGGUGGUGCAGCGUGCGCGGGUGGCCGGCGGCGCCCAGUUGCGGAAGUGGCCUCAGGAGGUGGAGCGGUAUGGCGGAUGGUUUCUCUAUGCGCUCUUCCUGGCCAUCCUCAUGUGGGAGGAGCUUUGGGUCCUUGAGGAGCGCAAAGACACGGCUUACUUGUCCUCCUGCCUCCUGCUGCUCAUUACCUUCGGUGCUAUGGUGGGCUCGUACUUCUACGAGCGGCGCAUUUGGUGCCGCCACUUGUGCCCCAUCGGUGGGAUGAAUGGUCUCUAUGCGAAGAUGGCCGUGACCGAGCUCAGAGCACAAAACGGUCAAUGCAAGGCGGUUUGCAACACCUUCCAUUGCUACAAAGGAGGUCCUGAAGAAGGUGAAGGACAGGAGACGGAUGGCUGCCCCUUAUAUUCGCAUCCUGCCAACCUGAAGGACAACAAGAACUGCGUGCUAUGCUUCACGUGUUUGAGAGCCUGUCCUCAUCGCAACGUUCAGUUGAAUCUGCGCGCGCCGGGCGUGGACUUCGGCUUCCCGUUCCUCUUCCCCAUUCCAGGCACCAACAUGGCAGCCCAACACGAGCCAAGCAUGCCGGAGGUGGCACUACUCUUCUUGCUGCUCGGGGCGGUGGUGUGCCACCAUUUGGAGGAUUUGCUGUUGCAGGAAAGCUUCAGCUUCCACGCCUUCCUCGCCUUGGCAGCUCUGCUGGCUCCAGGGCUCCUGGCCGCAGCGUUCGAUCAACUGGCACGCCGACUUUGUGCUCUCUUCGAGCCGGAGCGGGCGAAGAGGGACCGGAAGCCGCCCAACGAGUUUGUGAAGUUGGCCUACAGCUAUCUCCCCCUGACGACUUGGCUGGGUUCAUUGGCGCACUACCUUCAGCUGGGCCUGGUCGAAGCAGGGCAGGUGCUCCCAACUGCAGCGCGCACCGUGGAGUACUUUGUUCGACAACUGCCUGGACAAGAGCAAGCAGACAUGCAGUGGCUACACGAGGUGGAGCAUGUUCGGUUGCUUCCAUCGUGUUGGUGCCUUUUUGUGCACUGGAUAUCCGCAUAUGUUUGA